CUUAUGAUUACAAAUUGAUUUACUAAAACAUCCAUACAAACGAGCAGAUUAGAGGUACAAUGCAGCAGUCAAGACUUCAGGUUUUUACUAAUGUAGGAUGGAAACAACUGGCUGCAUUGGAAUUAAGCGAUGGCAGAUCUAAGAAACACCCAAAAGGGAAAGGCAAGGCUGAUCAAGAUGCAAAUUUAACCGGAAAACGGGAUAAUCGAGGGUAUUACCAGCCGCCAAAUACAAAUGUAUUUUGAGAACCAUUGCCAAUGGGGCAGGGGGCUCCAUCUCUGUAAUGCGACGUAGUAUGAGUAGUGGCCUUAAAGAAGGGAGACUUGAUGUGAUCAGCAUUAUUCCUUCGAAACGGAAGACUACCCCAUCAUGUUGUCUACCUGAUUCCACUAAAAGUAUCCAUCGGUUAUGUGCCAGUGAUCCGAAUCUGAGAUUACGGUCUUGCUCAGGGCACAUAUAUGCAGAAUUACUUCCCAUGGAUUCCUGCAAAUUCGCCAUGCAUAAUUUCGAAUCUUCCAACCAGAAAUGAGCCUUGAAA